AUGGCGUCGAAUUCUAUCAAGCUCUUGACCGGCAACAGCCAUCCGGAGCUGGCCAGUUUGGUUGCGGAUAGGCUCGGAAUUGAAUUGACCAAGAUUAUGGUUCUACAGUACUCGAACCAGGAAACGAGCGUAACGAUUGGGGAGAGUGUCCGAGAUGAGGACGUAUUCAUCUUGCAGUCAACCCGACCGAACGAUAUCAACGACGGGUUAAUGGAGCUUCUUAUCAUGAUCAAUGCUUGCAAGACCGCUUCUGCACGACGCAUCACUGCUGUUAUUCCAAACUUCCCUUAUGCUCGCCAGGACAAGAAAGACAAGAGUCGUGCGCCAAUUACAGCCAAACUUAUGGCAAACAUGCUGCAGACAGCUGGCUGCAACCAUGUUAUCACCAUGGAUCUCCAUGCUAGCCAGAUCCAGGGCUUUUUCAACGUACCUGUUGACAACCUAUAUGCGGAGCCGAGCAUGCUUAAAUGGAUUCGGGAGAACCUUGAUGUGAGCAACUGUGUGAUCGUGAGUCCCGAUGCCGGCGGUGCCAAACGAGCGACUGCCAUUGCCGACCGGUUGGAUCUACAAUUUGCCUUGAUCCAUAAGGAACGUCCACGUCCGAACGAAGUCUCACGCAUGGUCCUUGUUGGUAGCGUGAAAGAUAAGGUGGCUAUUAUCGUUGAUGAUAUGGCCGAUACAUGCGGAACCCUUGUCAAGGCAGCCGAUACAGUUAUGCAGCACGGUGCUAGGGAAGUCAACGCAAUCGUCGUACACGGUAUUCUUUCCGGCAAAGCCAUUGACAAUGUGAACAACAGCUGCCUGAAGCGGAUAGUUGUGACCAACACCGUCCCCCAUCAAGAGAAGAAGGAAGUUUGCGACAAGAUUGAGACCAUAGAUAUCAGUCCGACACUUGCAGAGGCUUGCCGCCGCACGCACAACGGCGAGUCUGUGAGUUUCUUAUUUUCUCACACGGUUGCCUAGGGUUCCCAUUGUCUCUUUUCUCGGAUUGUACAAGAUCUUUGAGAGCCCCGCGGGAGAUUGUCAAUUACCUUUCGUUUGUCUACUCUUCCAUACAACUGCAAGUAAUGAAGCAUGAACCAGAAACAAAACUUUAGAGGAUUUAUUCGAUCAGAUCGAAAAGUUGACGGCGCUAUUGUUUUCCACUUUACCGACUAGGUUACGAGUUGAUGCACCUGUGUAUAUACCUUAUUGUGCUGACGGAGUUCUUUGUAUAUGUGUUCUUAUUUUUGUCUUUUUUUGGCUUGUCACACCUAGAAACGUUCCAAUACAUGGUUAAAUUAAACAUUAUCUAUCCGUGGCCGCGUUAAUGUUGCAAUCUACUCCAAUGGCUGGAUCGAUAUGCCGGUUGUUAUAUCAAUCCCAUUUUAUCGUCUGGGGGGCAGACAUGAUAUAUUGGUGUUGAGGAG